AUGCAGUCAUUGAUCCGCCUUCUCCCACUCCUGGCGGCUGCGAACGCCCUUGUUCCAGCCCCAAGACCAGAAACAUUCGCAGAGGUCGAGCCUCGCGGUCUGGGCACCUCUGCCGAGGUCUAUGUUUACAACCACUGGUCGCAACAAUUGACCGUCACUGGUACCGACAACCAGCACAUGAACGUCAGCCCACCAGCGACCUUCAAAGUUGGCCCCAACGCUGUCUCUCAAAAGUAUGCCAUUGAGGCCAACGGCUGGGUUCCCGUCCAGAGCAGCUUCAAGCUUAACUUCAAGCCAGAAGGCGGCUCUCAGAGCACCGUCAACGUUGACAUCGGAGUUGCCCCAUGGAAAACCGGCUUCUCUCUCAACUCCAAGAACCCAGCUGGUCAGGUUGGCGUUUUGCUCGCACCAGCAAAGAUCCUUGAAGCUGGUCGUGACUUCGAUUUCUACUUCUUCAGCGGUCCAGGUUCUUUCACUUCCUUUGUUCAGGGCCAGAUCGACCAGAAGCUCCCAGAGACUUUGGCCAAGGUCAAGGGCAAGAAGUUUGUUGUCAACAGCGACAUUGAAAUCACCGUCAAUGAUAUCGUCAAGCCAGUUGUUAAGGCCACCUACGUCAACCUUGGCAAUGGCCCCAACGGUCUCCUUGUUGAUGCUAUCGCCAACGUCGAUGGCGAGGCCCAGCUUACUAUCACCUUCAAGGGUGUCACCCAGAAGGCCAAUAUCAAGGUCAAGGGUCUCUCUGCCUUGAUUACUGCCGAUGCUAAGCUCGGUGCUUCCAUUGACCUCUUCGUCAAGCGCUUCCAGGCUUCCGUCGACUCGGUCGAUAUCAACGGCGAUAUCCUCGUUGAUAUUGUCGGAGUCUUGUACCCAGUUCUCGCCCCAUUCCUCAAGCUCCCAUACAAGCUUGCCUCUAUCGUCAAUACUUCUGAGAAUGCCAAGGUUGUUUCUUAUAUCAACACUGCUAUCAAGGCCAUUGCCAACGGAAACUCUCCAAUCAUCAAGCUUGGACAGGACGCCCGCAGGGUUGUUGCUUAA